GUCUCUUCCGCUUCCGUACUGGGGCCUCACCGAAGGCCCAGGAUGAAAGUGCUCCUGCACGGGCUUUAGUUUCUCUUUAUAGUCUUAUCUCUUCUCAGACACACCCACCAUUAUCCCAUUUGAGUGACCUAUUGACCUGCCUUCUUGCAGAAACAAGGUGAAGUCGGAACCUUUGUGGAGGCGGAACUAAGGUGCGGUAUUCCGGUGGAGCCGGAAGGCUGCAUAAAUAGAGGAGUACCAGCUUCCUUCUGGCAGUUGAUCUGCAGCGUUCCGGCGAGGUGGUCCGUGUGAGAGUUCUUCAGCUUCGAUUCCUGCUAUGCACCGACCGAAUUUUCGACCCCCAACUCCUCCGUACCCCAGCCCGGGGAUAGGAGGUUGGGGUGGCGGAAACAACUUCCGGGGUGCCCUGGGCGGGGGGCCGCGGCCGCCCUCCCCGCGGGACGGGUACGGGAGCCCGCACCAUACUCCGCCCUGCGGGCCCCGGGCUAGGCCGUACGGGAGCAGCCACUCUCCGCGGCACGGCGGCAACUUCUCGGGGGCCCGCUUCGGGUCUCCGUCCCCGGGCGGCUACCCAGGCUCCUACUCCCGGUCCCCCGCGGGGUCCCAGCAUCAGUUCGGCUACUCCCCAGGGCAGCAGCAGACCUACCCCCAGGGUUCUCCAAGGACAUCUACACCAUUUGGAUCAGGGCGUGGUAGAGAAAAAAGAAUGUCUAAUGAGUUGGAAAGUUAUUUUAAGCCUUCAAUGCUUGAAGACCCUUGGGCUGGCCUAGAACCAGUAUCUGUAGUGGAUAUAAGCCAACAGUACAGCAAUACGCAAACAUUCACAGGCAAAAAAGGAAGAUACUUUUCUUAACAUUUCUGAAAUUCAACUGGAAGCCUCAUGUGUCAGGAACAUCUUGGACAGAACUUUUACUUGUGUAAAUGAGUUGAACCCAAAGAUGAUGACUUUGAAUAAUGAUAAGCAGAUCCUUGGUAUAUCUCUAACUUUAUCAAGUGUUGAUAUUAGAGAAAAUGAUAGGACAAUUUACAGUAUUUAGCUAUCUGGGAGUGUGUACCACAGAACACAGUUUUCAUAUUUAACAUUUCCAAUAAAACAGACAUUUGUUUUUUUCAAUGUUUUAAAAUAAAAGUUUUUGUCUUCCUAA